AUGGAACCAAUAAACCGGAAUAAGGCUCUGGGAGAGCUCCAGCAGCUUGGUCAGAGCCUAUGGGAGGUAGCUCUACGGCCAUGGGAUUCUGGUGUUCUCCCCGCUCCAGAGGCACUACGCAAAGCCCGGAUGACCCUACUUGAGCAUCUCCCAGACCGAGGACAUGGCUUAGAACAAACCAGAGACCAUAUUCUCCAUGAUAUUGUGCCAGCUUUCAACGGUAGCAGUCUGAGCCCUAAUUAUUAUGGCUUUGUGACCGGGGGUGUAACGCCAGUAGCCCUGAUGGCAGACAACAUUGUCUCCGUCUAUGACCAAAAUGUUCAGGUUCAUAUGGAUGAGCACUCCAUUUCCACCGAUGUCGAGUCAAAGGGACUGGGUCUCGUGGUGGACCUGCUGAAUCUCAGCAGGCCAAGUUGGCAGCAUGGUACUUUCACUACUGGUGCGACAGGAAGCAACAUAAUAGGGCUGGCUUGUGGAAGGGAGUUUGUAUUGCGAACAGCCGCAGAAAGACGGGGUGCCACCAUUCGGAGUGUCGGAGAGCAUGGGAUUAUUGAAGUCAUGCUGGCUGCUGGCGUUAAACAAUUGCAAGUGCUCUCGACGCUUCCCCAUUCCUCGGUUGGGAAAGCCGCGGGGAUCCUAGGAAUAGGGCGUGCUAAUGUCAAGAGCAUCUGCACUUCAAAACAGAACCGACUUGAAAUUGAUAUGGAUCUUUUGGAAAAGGAACUUUCAAAUCCGGAUCGAGUAAGUAUUGUGGUUAUUUCUUGCGGCGAGGUUAACACCGGGCAUUUUGCGACGAGCGGAGGGGCCCAGAUGUUGAAGUUACGACGACUUUGCGAUAAAUAUGGCUCUUGGAUACAUGUCGAUGGGGCCUUUGGCAUAUUCGGACGCAUUCUGGGUUCAUCCGAAGAAGAAUAUGCAGCUAUCACGAGGGGUUGCGACGGUAUAGAGCUGGCCGAUUCAAUCACUGGGGAUGCGCACAAAUUCCUAAAUGUCCCUUACGAUUGCGGAUUCUUCCUCUGUCGCCAUCCACCAUCCAGUUUGUCGGAAGAUGUCUUCCGUAAUGCAAAUGCGGCAUAUUUGAAUUCUGCAGCCAGUGGUGGUGAUUCAGUUCCAUCGCCACUAAAUAUUGGAAUCGAGAAUUCAAGACGUUUAAGAGCCCUUCCGGUUUACGCUUCUUUAAUGGCGUAUGGCAAAAAUGGGUUUCAAACUAUACUCAAAACGCAGAUCCGUCUCUCUCGCAUGAUUGCCGGCUGGUUGUAUGACCAUCCUGCGUAUACCCCUCUACCCCUGGCAAGCAGUGAAGAGGAUCUUUGUGCUCAAACCUAUGUGGUUGUUCUUUUUAGAGCCAACGACGAGUCUUUGAACAAGCAACUAGCGGAAAGAAUCAAUGCUACCUCCAAAAUGUUUGUUUCGGGGACCUCCUGGGAUGGGAAGCCAGCCUGUCGAAUAGCAGUUUCCAACUGGAGAACAGAUGUGCUAAGAGAUUUUGCAGUAGUGACCGAUGUACUGGAAAAGAUUUCUUCAUCUACAUCAAACAGUGUACAUUAA